AACACAAACGCGUUCAUGGAUAUCCAACACAGAAUUGAACAAGCUUGGCCGUUGAUUUCACAAAAUGGCUUCGGUACCAGGUAGUCGAAAGACCUCGAACAUGAAGACAUAUUCUCGACGCGUCAAUGGGAUCGCAGAAGGUCCUCCUACCAAGAAAAGGCGUCUCGAUGAAAGUUCUGCUGCAGAGACUGUGCCGCCAGCGCCCCAAUUCAAGAAAUCGUCAAUCCAAAAUUACUUCAAGCCUCUGCUCCUAUCCUCAAGUCCUCCACUCCAAUCUCCCCUCCCGUCCUCAGAUGCUAUCGAACCUGCGUCUACUCCGCCAUCAUCUCCCCCACCGGCGAUACCAAGUUCCCCUCCAGAUUCGAAGCCUCUGAAGAAAAGAAGACUCAAAACACGACCGGUCCUCCAGCCAAUCGAGAAUGGAUCUGUGAAAGUCGAGAAGAACCAGGAAACCAACAGCAAGCUCUCACAGAUGCGCCUGGAUCUCGGACAGCAGGUAUAUGAGGAGUGUUCAGUCUGCCAUUACUACUACGACCGCAGCGAUCCUACAGACAGAAAGGCGCACGACAAAUACCAUGAUUUUCAUACGAACAAUGUCCAACCUAAAACCGAGGAUCCGAAGGUUGUGCUAUGGGAAGAAAAUAUCGAUGAUAAACACCACUCAAUCCGAGCCAUAUGUCGGACUUCAUCCUCGACAUUGAAGGAGGGAUUCGUGGAAGCGUUUUCUGCUACGUAUCAGGACAUGGGAGGAGAAGGUAUCGAUGAGUUGAAUCUUUGGUCCGAGAUCAAGAAUCCGCACGAUACUACGGAUGAGCGUAAAGUACCGCGGUACAAGGGAUAUAUGUACUUGGUUGACCGUCACCCGGUCAGUAUCCUGCUGGUUGAGCGCAUCAAGUCAGCAAUUUUCUUCCCAUUCAAGGAUACCCUCGAAGUAGACGAGGCUAAGGGAAAGCCACAAGAUGUCUGCAAGAUGUCAGUUGAUAGAAUCUGGACGCGAUCUAGCCAUCGAAGGAAGGGUUAUGCCACAAGAUUGGUGGACAUAGCACGUUCGAAUUUCAUUUCCGGAUUGGCACUUGGGAAGAAAGAUGUGGCGUUCACGUCCACGACGCAAGAUGGAGGUCGAUUUGCGAAGUCUUAUUGCAAGGGAUUAUUUGAGGGAGCGGAGUACUUAAUGACUUUGUCUUGAUAGAUUGGUUCAGGAGUCGUUUGUAUGAUACCCCUGCAUGGAUACGGCGUUGGGUGGAAUAAUAGGACAAUACAGAGU